GUGAGUCAUAGAACACACAUUAGUACGGUAAAAUCAUAUUUAUAGAAUUUUGUUUAUUGUCCCAAAAACGCGGCGGGAGACUCUAUGUGGGACACCGAUGUAUGGGUCUGAUUUUAAUUAUUGAAUAAAGAACAAUAAGUGCCCUGCAGGAGAUCAUUGCGAAAAUCUUAAUUUUAAAACUCGGAAAAUUAUGUUAGUUUUGAUCAUGUGUUAUUUGUGAACGCACGCUUGCGCGGUUUUUGUUGAAAAUCCGAACUUGUAAAAAAAGAUGACAAUUUUCAUGAGCAAAUUUUAUCAUUGGAAAAUAUCGAAAUUUUUUUGUUGUCGGUAGUUUUUAAUAAUUAUGUGGUUUUGUUUUAAACUGUAAUUUAGUGAUGCACUUUGCAGCCUUGCCUGAAAAAGAAAUUUAAUGUAAAUAAAUUUCAAAGGUUUUCUGAAGUAAAAAUGGUUGUAAAGUCUCAUUUGAAACGUACCGUACGCAUUCUACUGGUUGGCGAUAGGGGUGUAGGCAAAACCUCUCUCAUAUUAUCCCUUGUAAGUGAAGAAUUUCCAGAAAAUGUUCCCACUAAAGCAGAAGAAAUAACUAUACCAGCUGAUGUUACUCCUGAGCAGGUUCCAACAAACAUUGUUGAUUUUUCCUUAGCUGAUCAGAACGAAGAUGACCUCCAUGAACAAAUUAAAAGAGCUAGUGUUGUAUGUGUUGUUUAUGCUGUUGAUGAUGAUGAAUCAAUCGAGAGGAUAUCUUCAUUCUGGAUGCCUCUAAUCAGACAAAUUCAUUUUGAUAUUCAGUGCCCUGUUGUUCUUGUUGGCAAUAAAAUUGACCUAGUGGAAUACUCUACUAUUGAUGGCAUAUACGAUAUCAUGGAGGAGUUUUCAGAAAUUGAAACGUGUAUAGAAUGCUCCGCCAAAACUCUUAAGAAUAUCUCUGAGAUGUUUUAUUAUGCACAAAAGGCUGUCCUUCAUCCCACUUCGCCAAUAUACUCAAUUGAAAAUGCAGAUUUAACUGAUGCUUGCAAAAAUGCGUUAGUAAGGAUAUUCAAGAUUUGUGACAUUGAUUGUGAUGGCCUUUUAAAUGAUAUUGAGUUGAACAACUUCCAAAGCAGAUGUUUCAAUGCCCCCCUUCAGCCCCAAGUAUUAGACGAUGUUAAAGCAGUUUUACGGAAAAAUACUGAAGAUGGGGUCCUUCAAAAUAGUGUCACUCUAAAGGGUUUUUUGUACCUGCAUACUCUGUUUAUCCAAAGAGGACGAAAUGAAACGACAUGGACUGUUUUGAGAAAGUUUGGUUAUAAUGACCAUUUGAACAUGUCUAAAGAUUAUUUAUACCCAAGUUUAAAAGUGCCGUCAGGUUGUACAACAGAGCUGUCACAUAGGGGCCAACAAUUUUUGACCCAUCUGUUCGAACGGUAUGAUAAAGACUGUGAUAAAUCAUUGUCUCCUAGUGAGUAUGAAGAGUUAUUUUCAACAUGUCCCACACGAGCGUGGCCACUGGAUGUGAGUUCCAUGGUACAGACAAAUGAGAAGGGUUGGAUCACCUAUAAGGGUUAUAUGUGUCAAUGGGCAUUGAUGACACUGGUGGAUUUACCUAGGACAUUUGAGUAUUUGGCAUAUCUAGGGUAUAAUAUAUAUGAAAACGAAAAUCAGGUGUCAGCAGUUGUAGUAACUAGAGAAAAAAAAUUGGAUUUGGCAAAAAAACAGUCGACAAGAAACGUUUAUCAGUGUCACGUUAUUGGCCCAACAGGAUCUGGAAAAUCGGCAUUCUGUAGAAGCUUUAUCAAAGGCACGGGAGAUGUUAAAGAUUUGUUGGUAGACAAAUGUGGCACUCCAAAUUGUACAGUAAAUACAGUGCAGGUGUAUGGACAAGAAAAGAUAUUGGUGCUCAAAGACCUAAAUGUCCGUAACAUGUCAGAUCCUCUGCUACCUCAUGAAGUUCAGUGUGAUGUUGCUUGUUUGAUAUAUGAUAUCAAUAAUCCAAAAUCUUUUGAAUACGUCGCUAGGAUAUACAUUAAGUAUUUUGCUGAAAGCAAGAUCCCUGUAUUGGUUGUGGCUUGUAAAGAUGACCUGGAAGAAAUACGACAGGAUUAUCUCUUGCAGCCAGCUAGUUUUUGUCAGAAAUACAAAAUUCUUCCGCCACAGAGAUUUAGCGUGAAGGAGCAGUACAGAAAAGAUGUUUUUGUCAAGUUAGCAACAAUGGCCGCAUUCCCUCGGUUUCAAGCAGCCUGGAUGUUGUUUUACAAGAGAAGUCCCUUGCGCCGCAUGGUACACAUGCUGUUGUUGCGUCCUCAACCAUCAGAAUGGUUGUACCAAUUUUGCAGGAAUUUCCGAGAGUUUGGAGUAAUAACAAACGAUUUGACUGUGUGGUGGAAAGCUGGGCUUAGUCUGGCAGCUGUCACUGCCCUUGGAUUCUUUGUGGCUAAGGUCAUACACACCAGUGAUAAAGUGAGAUAAGAGUGUGAAUCCCUAUGUUAACUUUGUAUUAUAGUGUACUUUAAUUACAUCGCGACUGUAAUUCAUUCUUGUAGUUUCCAUGCGUGCGUUGAUUAGUGUAAAUAUUGUAGAUGGUCGAAUAUUGAAAGAUACUUCAUUUUUGUGGCGCUGGAUUCUGCAAUAUAUUUAUUAUUUGGUAUAGUGAGAACAGAUGCUAUUCGUACAAUGUCAUGAAAUGUUCCUGUACACCUAUAGGCAAAAUUCCCUUAAAAGUUAUCUUUAUUACCAGUGUUAAUUAUAGAAAAUAUUUUUACUAAUAUUACAGUAAAUAACAAAGUUUCAGUUUAAAACAACGUGUUUUAAACAUUGCUGCAAAGGUUAUAUUUUUGAAAAUCUCACUAACCAAUAAUUGAUGUAAGCCACGCUUCUCAAGGUUCAGCAACUCCAGUGACUAUGAAGCAUUAAGUCCUUCUUAUAAUGAGGUUAACCAUUGAGUGAUGUAUGAGAGAUGUUACUGUAUAUGCCUCUUUGAAAGUAGUUUCAAGGCCCUUUUGUGAAGUUUGUUAUAAAUAUGUUAGUCCAAACUUCACGAAUUUUUGAUAUACAUCAACAUAGAUAUUAUGUUGUAUACAAAGAGUAUUUGAUCACACAUCCGGUUAAUAACUGCAUAAGUCAAUUUUAAACUAGAGAAAAUUAAUUUUUACCAAGUACCAGGGAGGGGUUUAUCUCCAACAGGGCAUGUCAUUUGCGAGAUAUGUCAGUAUGACAACAACCUCUCGUAUGUGACGUGUCCUGUUCGAGAUUCGAGAAAUCGCCCAUCCAAAUUGAACAUUCACAAUCAAAUUUUAGGUAUCGAAAUUAAUACCAUGGCAUAGAUAUACCAAACCUACCGUUUGGCUUUAUCUGACAAACUGACCAGGACCCAUAAUAUUCCGAUAUUCUCUACGGACUUGUGUGGAAAUUUCGUAAUAGUUCCAAAAUUGAAAAUCUUUCUGAUUCUGUUUAAAAAUUUAAGGAAUAAUCUAAACAAUUUUUCGGCACUUUUAUAACAACAAAAGAUUUUUUUAUUGCAACUGACAAGGAACAUACUUUUUUUAUUUAAAGUUUUAAUUGAAGAAUCAGUGUUUUUUGAAGCACAUCGAAGCGUUGAAGCUCUAGUCUUAAUUUUCAGUUAGUAUAUUUUAGCAAUGUGUAUAGAUUUACGUUUUUUUUGUGUUUUAUAAUGUUUAAGUUGUAAAAUGACAAACAAUAAAUAUUGAUCAAGAAAUGCAAAA